GUCCGCGUGCUGCGCGUUUCCGCCCCAGCAAAGAUAUUUGAAUGUUCAAGUGAUAGACGAACUCUGGCAAAUUGUGGAAAAAAAGGCAAGCACACCACCUUUGUCUUGUUCCCCCACACAGCGACACCCCAACUACUCUGUAUCUCCAGCGUUGUUUGACAACAGUUACACCGAUUCAGUUCAGUCUGUAUCUGGUGAAGACGAGUGUCGACGGUGGGCGGGUUUUCUAGCUUACAGCUGCUCAUCUUUGUAGCUCCCGAUAAAACACGACAAACGCCGGUGUUCGUUUCUUUUUAAUUCUCUCUCUCUCUCUGCCUUUUGGCCUGAAUUCGAACUUUCGUGACUCGGGUCGGCGUGUCGUGUCAGGCACACGGACCGACUGUCGUUUAGCUUUUCCUGAAGCUAGCUAGCUAGCUAGUUGGCGUUAGCUGACGUCGUUGUCGCUCGUGGGGAUUCGAUGUUGUCAUUUUUCGCGUCUCCGCUGUCGAUGCUGUUACAUAAUGUGCCGCUAAGCUGGUAGCUUAAUACACGUCUAAUAGCGGCAUAUAACGUUUCGUCUGUGACUCGCGGACCCGUUACAAACGCUCCGGUUGGGCAGUGGUUGGAUUGUGUGUUUACAAUGGGAGUCAGCAGGAUUUACAUUAGCAUCGGCUAUGCUACCUUCGGAACACUGGUUGGACUCUCGGCGUUCCUGGUCUGGAACGUAGCGUACAAACAGCCGUGGACGGCGGCCAUGGGAGGCCUGUCGGGUGUUUUGGCUCUGUGGUCACUAGUCACACACAUCAUGUACCUGCAGGACUUCUGGCGCACUUGGCUCAAAGGCCUCAAGUUCUUCAUCACUGUUGGCGUGCUCUUCUCCGUCUUGGCCGUGGCCGCCUUCAUCACCUUCCUAACUCUCGCCAUCAAACAGAAGCAAUCUCCUACUGACCCGAAGAGCCUUUAUCUCUCCUGUGUGUGGAGCUUCCUGACUCUCAAAUGGUCCUUCCUCUUGGCCUUGUAUUCCUACAGAUAUCGCCAGGAGUUUGCAGACAUCAGCAUCCUCAGCGACUUUUAGUCAGUACUGAUUUAUACACUGCAAUGGACUUUGAGAGGUUUUAGGCAGCCAGCAGGAGCUGGUCAAAGAGCUUUUGUAACGAGGAGGAGGAGGAGGAGGAAAUAAUAAGAAAAACGAGAAAAGCAAGAAAAGCAGACCUUGCUACAUUAAGAAGCCCCGUGACUUUUACCAUAAGGAGUAACACUUGUUUAACAAGCUCUGUAUGUGUUGUCACAUGUUCUGAUACUUUUACCGACCCAAAUAUUAUGUUCCUGUAAGUAGUCAUAAGUCUGACCUUCUGAAGAUGAGCUGCUUUUGAAACAAAUUUCUUGAGGCUUUAUACGUAGAGACAUACUGGGUGUUAAGACUUGAUCUUGGGGAUGUUUAAUCUUACAACCGCUAAUACACAUAAUACAAUGCCCAACGUUUUAAUCUAAUGAUAAACUGUGAAAGAGGAAGCACUCCCAAAGCUCAAAAUCCCCCAGAACCAAAACUAAAACCUCCUACCUGAAGCCACUCUGCUAAUCGGGAGGUUGACUUUGUUUGUUGGAGGGCUUGAAUGUUUCUACCCAAAUUAGCUUUUUCAUAGUUUACAGAUUUGAACAACAGAAUUCUCCCAUUACUUCAGUCAUCGUUUUAGUGUGUGCAAAGUCAGUCUCUCAGCUCCCUUUGACAGUGAUCCUUUUAUUCACUAUCAUUUAAUGUGUUUUAAAGAUUGUUUGACGUUGUUUGUGGUUUUUAUCCCAUAUUUACUUUUAAUAGAACUGAAGGGAAUGCUUUCCUCUGGAAUUUAUCAUUUGUUCCACAAUAGAGAGACUUGCUUUUUUCUAUCAAGAGCUCACUGUAAAAUAAUGACAUUCCUCUUAAGAGAAAACCUAAAUUAGUUUGAUAUAUAAUUGCACUUUAGUCUUUGAUAUUGAUGCCAUUGUUUUGCACACAGAUCCUGAUACAAUGGAAAUAAUCAGGUUUUACAUCUGUCUCACCAUUGAAAAUGUUCAAGUACACUAUUUAUAUGUAAUUAUUUUACAGGUGGCAUGUUUUGUACAAGUUAAACUAGGCCAUGUAAGUGGUUUAUAUCCAGCUGUUGCUGAUAUUACCUUCUAUGAUAAAAAACACAUUAAACACCUUUGUUUUUAGAGAAUGAAUGUAAGGAUGUUACAUGUAAAUAACUGAACCAAUUAAAGUUGCAUUUAUUGUUAAUUACA